ACAAGUUUGACAGAUGUCAGCACGUCAGUCAGCCAGCCAGCUUUAAAAAUGUUUUGUGUUGUUUCGUUGAGUGAGAAGCCCCGUCCGGACGUGUCUGUCGGAUAGUGGAGUCUUCGUCUCUCUCCAGAGCCGCCGCGCCGCGUCGUCAGUCGCAUUGCAUUGACGCCGUCCAGUGUAAUCGGUGCUCUGCCACCAAGUCUCCAAGUUGAAGUAGUGCCACCUGUUUGUUCGGUCAACUUGUUGCUUUCGAGUAUCGUGCCUGGUUAUAUUUAACUGUGCUUCACAUCUGAAUCCCAGAAGGGAUUCAGCUUUUUGACUCUAAAGGGUCAAUAAAAGGCUCCAGGUUGGCUGGGUACUGGCAUAGAAGGAAUAAAGCCCAACGUGAAAAAAUGGCAUCAGAAUCACCAUUUCUUACAAGAUAUGUUUUGAAUAAUGGCCUUGAGAUGCCAUCGAUAGGAUUGGGAACGUUUCGUAUGCGCCAAGCAGACAUUAUAGUGGAAACUUUUGAUGAAGCUUUGAGUGCUGGAUAUAGAAUGUUUGACACUGCAACUGCUUAUAAUAAUGAAGGUCUCAUAAAAGAGGCAUUGGAAACACUACUGCCUAAGCAUGGUCUUGAAAGGGAUGACAUUUUCAUCACCACGAAACUAGCACCAAGUGACCAUGGCAAUGAGCGUGUUCGCGCUGCCUACCAAAGAUCAUUGGACCUUUUGGGCUUAGAGUAUGUGGAUCUGUACUUGAUACAUUUCCCGGGAACUGCCAACAUCCCAGCCAAUGAUAUGCGCAACUUUAGAAUGCGUGACAUGACAUGGCGCACACUCACAGAGAUGUAUGACGAGGGUCUGAUAAAUAGUAUUGGGGUGUCUAAUUUUACCCAACGGCAUUUAGACGAGAUUAUUUCGUCUAGCCACGUGACACCCACUGUUAACCAGGUGGAGUGGCAUCCUUUCUAUCAUGAUUACGAUCUGCUAAAAUUCUGCAAAGAAAAUGAUAUACAGCUCCAAGCAUAUUGCUCCUUCGGGGGCUCAUCUCAUGACAAUAAUGAAUUGUUAAACAAUCCAGUAGUUACCCAAAUUGCUAAGAAACAUAAUGCAACUAGUGCUCAAGUGCUUCUUGUAUGGGCACUACAACACGAUAUUGCCGUAAUUCCUAAGACUACUCAUCCAGACCGUCUGAAAGAAAAUAUCACGCUUCAGUUCAAAUUAACACCAGAAGAAAUUAAAGCUCUAAAUGGACUCGGGGAACGUAACAUGAAAUACGCCUGGGACCCUAAAGCUGUAACUUAAAUAUUUUUAAUUAUGCUUCAUUAUACCUUUUUUAUUUGCUCAGCGAUUUUUAACGGUAUUGAAAUAAAAUUAUUGGUGCAUAUCCCCAAUUAAGAUGGACGCACCGUGAGCUCAAUCUGCGAGCUUAAAUAGUUAAGAAUGUUUCAUAAUUACAUAU